AGUUGCACUUUAAUGUAAACUCUAUUUUAUUUUUAAAAUGGCAACGUCAUAGGCAGGUAUUUUUACCUGGCCGAAAGGACAAAGAAUGACAGGUCAAACAGUUAAGUUUAAAAGUAAAUCAGCUGCCAUUCCAGGACCUUAAUUCGGUGAAAAUUUGGGAUCCAAUUAUUAAAACAAAAAUCAAAGUAAUUAUCUAUUGCUAUCAAAAGUAAAAACGCGGAAAGUUUGACAAAUGAGUCGAUAUCAUAAUGAAAACCUAAUCGAUUUAAGCAUGGAAGAUGAAAUGCAAUUGUUUCUAACGGAGGCUGGGACAAAACCAGAUACUACAAUCUUAGAGCGGGCAAUGAAUUGCCCCAUGGAUUGCCCAUUGCCCAAGGGUGAAUCGGUUGGGACUGACUUUGAUGGUAUUGAUAACAAUCCAUUUGACUUAGUACAAAAACUAGCAACUCGUCCAGCAGACCCAUUUGAUAUAGUUGAAAAAGAAGCAUAUACAGAGGCUAGUCAUCCUAUGCAAACACCUAAAGAAGUCAAAGAAGGAAAACUUUUAUCCCUGAGCGAUGAUAAUAUUAUAGAUGAUGAUUCUGAUUGUCAAGCGAAAGAUAAAAAUCCGACUGAAAUAUGUGAUCGAAAAGGUUUUGAUGCAACUACGUCCAACUGCAGUUCAUCUGUUUAUCAAACGGCGUUGUUUCAUGAUAUUGAAAGUGAGAGUCCUCCAGUUUCUAUGUCUAUAAAAUCCACUCCAGAUUCUUGUAGCUCAGCCAUAGAUAGUGAUGAAUAUUCGGCGAAUAGCGCCGAAGGUUAUUCAGCUAAAAUUCGAAAGGCAUUGGAAAAUCGUAAGCGACUGCUUAAACUAAGUAUUGCUAAUUCUACAUUUAAUUCGCCUCUAAAUUGUCGGCCACGUCAGUGGGACAGUGGCUUUUCUGCAGCUUUUUCAGCUGCAGCUCAUUUUAGUGAUUAUAUACUUGCCACAGAGUCGCCAUUAAAAUUAGUUGAUGAUGAUCUUAUAACAGAAGAAGCAAAGAAACUGACAGAAGCAGAGAAUGAUUUCGAAGCUGACUUGCAAAUGUUAAGCAUUCCUAUGUUAAGGGAAUUACCCUCAAUAGUGCCUGAAGAGACUUCGAUAGCAUCAAAAGAAGCAAACGCUGUAAUAUCAAGUCAACAAAAUGUGACACCGCCUGAUAUUAAUGCGAUUCGCGAAAAAUUGCGUGAAAAGCGAAUGAAUACUUGCAAAGAACAAGAUGUUGUAUCGUUAAUAGAUAAUCUAAAAUCAUUGAUGUGCGAUAAUGAUAUUGUUGAUGACAAUAAAAAGACCCAAGCAAACUGUUUAUUAAAGAAACUUAGUGCGGCUUUAAAUACAAAACAAAUAGAGGAUAGUGAGACCAGUAUAAAGAAAGUCAACGAAGAGAAAAUCGCAACCUCCACACACGGUGCGCAAACCAUUAAACGACAAGGAACCUUUGAUAUGGAACUACAAUCCAAAAUUAACACCGACUGUGAUAAGCCUGAAAUCAUCCAAACGACAGUUGCUGAUUCCUCUCAUUUGACGCAUUCUUUGCAAUCUACACAAUCGCUAUCACCUCCUAAGGAAAUUCCAGAAAGUAUGAUACAAUCGCUCUCGCCACCGAAGGAUAUUCCAGAAACUAUGAUAAAAUCUUCCGCUACGUAUGACGGCGAACCUAUUACGGAAAGGGAGAAUUUGCUUUUACCUCAUGUAGACACUUUUUCACCAAAUGUUUCCCCUACUAAACAAAAUUCUGCCGCCACAAAUCCUGAACUAAAUAAUAUUAUUGAACAAAUUAGUAAACUACUAGAGCAACAUCAAGUUGCUACUCAAACAGCUAAUGCCGGGAGUGGUAAUAACAGUAACUCUACAGGAAACAAUGCACAGCAAUCCACGAUGUGCAAUCCGACAUUUAUUGUUGUGGUGCCAUCCAACUCUGUACAAUCUAAUAAUGCUCACAAUGUAGAUAUCCCGAGUUGUAAUGACGCUAAUAAUGAUAUAAAUGAUGUAAUGCCACGACGACGUUCGCAAUCGUUAUCAAUUCAUGAUAAGGUAAAGAUUGUACAACUGCCUCUAAGACCUCAAGCGAGACAAAAAGUUACAGAAGAAGAUCUGUUACAAAUCGUCGAUCGAUCAUCUCAAUUCAAUUCAUCUACUUCGGAAAUCAAAACACCAGUACGUACCACACUGCGAAGAAAUUCAUUUUCCAGUGGCACGCCAAAUACGCCACUGACAUCUUUGAAUCACGGCGCCGGUGUAGCAUUUACAAGAAAAAUACAGAAUGCAUCAGUUCAAUCCCGAUACUCGCUCGGUACUUCCAAAUUACAAGAUCGUGAUGCUCAUCAACAGGCUGUAGUUCAUCCUAUAACGCGUUCGAAUCUGAACGUAUUCAAACCUGACUUAAAGAAAAAAUCCAAACAACAAACUGCGAAAACGUCUAUUAUGGCAUCUAAUGGUCCACUGAAAGCUGUGAUUCCCAUAAAAAAAGUAGCCCCCAUGUUAACAGUCGCAAUGGCUACCCCUGAAAGAUCCUCAGCGAGUUCCCGAAUACAAUUCCAAAAGGUCAGCAUGGAAACCUCAAUGCAUUUACUUACAACAGCCGGCAAAAUAUCCCAUACAAGUACACCUAUGCCAACUGCGCGUAAUAGUGAUCAAAUACCAGACUUCCCGAAUGCGUGUUCCACGCCAUCAAUAAGUGGAGCUAUCAAAAGACCCGAUGGCACUGUAACAAAAAAACACCCACGUUUUUCAAUUUCUACACCGACAUUUAAAACACAACAGGCCUUUACUAAUAAUUCUGGACUAAAAACUCGUGCGAAACCGGUACCGGCCAAACCGAAGUCCCCGGUCCGCCUGCGCAACAGUUUGGGUGGAAUGACAGCACCAGCACCAGUAAUAAAGGGAAGGCAGCCAUUAGUAAAAGAACAGAAUGUGCCAAAACAAACAACGUCGCGAUUGAGCACACGGUUAAGUACUAGAUCAUCCAUCUGCACUGGAUUUUCUACAAAUAAGGAGAAUAAAAAGCCAUAAAUUUUUAUAAAUUAGUUACUUCAUAUUUUUAAGCUUUUAUUAGAUUGUUGUUUAUGAAACGUUUCGAACAAUAAAUAGUCCAUUGUAUUUUUGUACUUGUUAAUUUUAAUGUA